UACAGCACUUUGUUUUUCUUUUCAUGCAGACACCACAGCCAGCACAUACACUUUUGCCAUGAACCACUCAGUUGAGCAGUUGCCUUCAGAGGAAAUGGCCCCUGAGGAGUUUGACGGUGGGACAGCAGUGGCUUGUGUGAUCCUGGGCCUGUCCUUCCUGGUAGGAGCUCCAGGGAACCUGCUGGUGAUCUGGACUAUCCUGAGACAUGUCAAGCAGCGUUCGCACACUGUGGCGCUCAUCCUGCACCUGGCUGCUGCAGACCUGCUGGUUCUCAUCACCCUGCCUCUGUGGAUCUACUCCCUGGUACACACCUGGGUGUUUGGAGCGGCCUUCUGCAAGGUCUUGGUGUACAUUAUCAGUGUAUGCAUGUUCAGCAGCAUCUUCUUCAUCACCCUUAUGAGUGUGGAACGCUAUUUAGCCAUCUGUCACCCAUUUGUGAUGAUGCGCUGGAAGACCAAGAGCGUUAUGAACAGAUGUCUUGUACUUUUGUGGCUCCUUGCUCUGCUUCUAGGAGUGCCUGACGUACUGACAAAGCUUUCGAAUGAAAGCGAUGGAACUGAGCAGUGUUUUAUCAAGGAAUACAUCUCUGAGACCCAAGUGAUCAUCUUGUUAUGUCUGGAGUCCUUGGGGGGCUUUGUCGUUCCUUUUAUCAUUCUUAGUAUCUGUUACUGUCUAGUAGCUGCGCAGCUCAGGAAAAUGAGUUUCAUCAACAAACAGAAAUCCAUGGUUCUUGUGCACGCUGUGGUUCUAGCCUUCACACUGUGCUGGUUGCCUUACCAUAUCAUCAACAUUACUGACCUGGUUUGCAUCCUGAGACAGUUUGCACCUGACACAGAACAUGAAUGUGUUCCGAAGAGUGUUGUCUUUAGCUCUGGUGCCCUUGUUUUCAUCAGCAGUUCGGUGAAUCCUGUGUUAUACGCCCUCUUUGCGAGGAGCUUACGAGGGAGUCUGGAAGAGUCCCGACUGGUCAGGCUGUUCCAGGAAAUGGCCACUCACACCAUCAAACUCCGGGAGCUGGUAGUACAACAGCAGACUGGCCAGAUGGCAGCAAAUACACAGAAUGUGCCAUCAGCCAUGUGAGGAAACUCCUUUCCUGUGCUGUCCAUUCUUAAAGGGAAGUGAAGACUUUCUUGUUCAGCACUUAGUUUUCUUCUAUUUGUGCAGACGCCACCGUCAGCAC